AGAGCCGCUGCGUAAGCGCAGGUUGGGCUGUCGUUAUACAACCGAGUUAGUCGGCGCAUACGACGCUCCUCGUACAGACAACCGCGCAGCGUUCAAACGAGAAAUAGCGAUCGCGGAUAAAACAUGACGUCGGACAUCAACGAGUGGUACCGAGGCCGCAAGGUCCUGGUGACGGGAGCCUCCGGCCUCAUGGGCAAGGUGCUGAUAGAGAAACUGCUGUACUCCGUGCCCGACGUGGGCUGCGUGUACGCUCUGGUGCGGAGCAAGCGCGGCAAGACGCCCGAGUCGCGGAUCGAGGACAUGUGGAAACUACCCUUAUUCUCAAGGCUAAGAGAAGAGAAACCACAUGUGAUGAAGAAACUGAUUCCUGUGUCGGGAGACAUCUGCUACGAUAACCUCGGGAUCGACGAUCAGAUGCUGAACAAACUUUAUAACGAGGUAUCAGUAGUAUUCCACUUCGCAGCCAGCCUGCGUCUCGAGGCACCGCUGAAGGAAGGGCUGGAAAUGAACACGAGGGGUACAUUGCGUGUCAUCGAUAUGGCCAGGAAUAUGAAGAACCUGGCGGCUUUUGUGCAUCUCUCAACCGCAUUCUGCUAUCCUGACUACGAGAGAAUGGCUGAAAAGGUGCACGACCCACCCCACAACCCUCACGAGGUCCUUCGCGCCUCGCAAUGGCUGUCCGACGACCAGCUAAAUCUCUUAGCCCCUUCCAUCAUGAACAUGCACCCCAACUCGUACCUGUACUCCAAACGGCUGGCGGAGGCGUUGGUCAGGGACGCUCAUCCUGAACUACCGGCUUGUGUAGUUCGACCCAGUAUAGUGACCCCCUCAUACAAGGACCCGAUACCAGGCUGGGUGGAUAACCUCAACGGACCCAUCGGCCUCAUGGUGGGCGCCGGCAAGGGCGUCAUCCGCUCUAUGCACUGCUAUGGCCAUUACCACUGUGAGGUCAUCCCCGUGGACAUCGCGAUCAACGCAAUCAUCGUGAUCGCGUACAAGAUCGGCAUGCAGACGGAACGGUCUCCAGAGCUCCCCGUCUACAAUUUAACGACCGGCGACGACAGAGAUACAACCUGGAAGCAAGUGCUGGACAACGGCAAAGCGACCAUCCGCAAGUACCCCUUCGAGGGCCCCCUGUGGUACCCCGAUGGCAACAUUCGGCAUAACAAGUUCAUACAUAGCCUUUGCGUGUUCUUUUACCAUCUUGUGCCGGCUUAUUUGAUUGAUUUCCUGAUGCUGUUAUUUGGACAGAAAAGAUUCAUGGUUAGAAUCCAAAACAGAAUAUCCGUCGGCCUCGAAGUCCUUCAGUAUUUCACAACCAGGGAAUGGUGGUUCGACACCAACAACUUCAAGGCUCUACCAAAGUCACUAAACGCUGAGGACUUCAAACUGUUCCCUAUGGACCUGACCAUUAUCAAAGACGAGCCGUAUAUUGAGAGUUGUAUGAUUGGCGGGAAAUUAUACUGUUUGAAGGAGAAAAUGGAAAAUCUGCCCAAAGCCAGACUGCAGAAUAACAUUCUAUGGGUGUUAGACAAGCUGGUGUCCGUGUUCUUGUACCUACUGGUCGUGUACUGGAUCGCGUCACUCUUCGAGCCCGCGCGGGAGCUACUGUCCUACGUCCCGCUGGUGCGGUACCUGCCGCUCGUCGGUAAAGUCGUGUUUCCUCACUAGAUUAUUAAGACGAAUCGGUACGACUUCAUGUGACCGCUUCUCCAGUCCCUAUUUUCCUCUGGAUAUUAACAUUGCUCCUAACUCUUAUAAUAAUCAAAAAAUAUAAAAGUCAAAUAUUUUCCAUGGAAAUUUUCCAUGGUAUUUCCAAAAUGUGAACUACGUUUGUAUGGAGAAUUAAGCGGUCGUCGACUAGUAUAGCCUCUUAACCACUAUUCAUAAAACUUAAGAGUCCACGGCAAGCUCUGCCUUAUUUGACCUUCCCAUACAAAUGGAGUUUCGUUCUCAUUUUAAAACUAAGUGUUGGAUUGUAACGAAACUUUGCACAUACAAUGACAUGAGGUAUAUCUAGGUCUGUAAUUAGUUUAUAUAGCUCCAGUUUAUAAAACAAACGAAAUAGAGCAAACAAAAGUUUUGUUUGAAAAACAUAAAUUCGCUGUAUUUUUUUUACUAUGAUAUUUGAAGCUACAUAAACUAAUUACAGACCUAGAUAUACGUUAUCUUAUUGUAAGUACAAAGUUUCAGAGCAAUCUAGCUACUUAGUCGUUUUAAAAUGAGAGCGUAACUACGGUAACUACGUUUGUAUCGAGAACCGAGCUUGCCGGGGACUCUUAACGCUUCUUAUAGUUAAAAUGUGCAUAAUUAAUGGUUGUGUUUACCACGUGAUAAAGGCACGAUACAGUACUUUACUUUUAUCUUCGGUACUGGAUAAAUACUACCUACUAGAUAGGCACCUUUUAGAUUAAAACGGUAAAUUCACUGACGCGAAUUUUGGUUUGUAAUUAAUUCUGAAAUGACUCAAUGUAAAUUGUAGAAUAUUGAUAUAUUUAUCGGAUACUAUCUGACUUUUAUAUUAGAUAAAAGUUGGUAAAUACCUGACUGCAUAUGGUGUAGUAUUACAUUAAUAAUUAUGAGUAGGUACUUACUACUGUUUCUUUUAAUAUAGUUACCAUUUAUAAUCAUUUUGUAAUUCAUGUAAAUACUUGUAACUGCUUAACUUGUUUGUAUAUUUCCUCGUAAAGUACUUUGUUUUUCCACAUUUUUUGGUGUAGCACAUUUAAUUGUGUGUGGACGUAUUUUGAAAACUCAAAGUUACUUUUACCAUCAGCUUUAAUCAUUAUACCGUUUGUAAGCGUAGUAUUUUGCUAGAACACUAUAUGUUACGUUUGUAUGUUUUGUAAUAAAGUAUUCAAGUUAUUAUUUUGAACAUUAUUUCAUGGCAUUCGUA